CAACACAGUCCUACAGAUAUCGCUUCUCUGACCUGGCAACUUGUGACGAAUGUUAGACCCACCUGUGCCUGUCUGGUAGCUCCCAGGAUGCACGCUGCGCCAAAUGGAUAUACUGCUAAUGAGGUUCUUAUCCUGAUGAACGCGAUUUUCGCCCGCAAGACAGACCUACAUAACGAACCCCCCUCCCACUCCCCCGAGCAGCACGACUUCUUCCUCGCGUCCGAGCACCCAUCCGAAUAUGGGGAGUCCUUUGCCUUUCAGACCUCCUCCACCCAAGCCGAAAGCAUUCAGGAUGACCAAAACCGCUACUCUGCCCGCACAAUCGCCCUCCGCGUCUCCAACCACCUCGGCUUCGCCUCGGCAUGGGAGACAACCAUCAUCCCCUGGCUCCCGACCUCCUCCACCGGCACUGCACCUACGACUAUGCCGUGGACGUGCACAACUUUCCCGAGCUGUCGAGCGAGGCCGUGCCGCGAGUGAUAUACGCCACCCUUUCCGAUACCGACACUACAGCCCUCGAACAAAACAAUCAGCUCCGAGUUCGGGCAUGUUGCGCCGAACCAGUUGAACCCUGUAUACGUAAACUUUCGCAAGGGAGGGCUGCGUAAGUCAAUAUAGUGGGACAGACACGAUUUGGGAUCUAGGGACGCGUUUGACCAUACGGGCAAGAAGAGGAAUUGGAGAUCGUGCGGGGAUAAGGGAGGUGCAGGUUUCUUAAACUUUGCCGAUCCCACCGGAUAGCGCCUUAUAUGUACCCUUCCCGCCUUCAGCAACGUCAUGGCGGUUGCGGGAGUAAUAGUCACCUGAAAGUUAACCAGUGAGUCGCUCAG